UCGCGAUGAAUUGUGAAAUUGGCAUUGCAGGGAGAUAGUCAAAUAGAGCUACCUAUAAAUACUUAAAAUUUCAGGAUGUAAAGCAUCAUUCGUCAACAGUCUUCAGCUGUUCCACAACCACCAAACAUUGCAAAGAUGAAAUCUAUUGUGUUGGUUUCUAUGCUGGUCGCAGUGGCCUUCGCCGCGCCUCAGGGGCCCACCGAGCCUAUCCCAAUUGUUCGCGACGACAGCCAAAUCAACGGCGACGGGUCAUACCAGUACGCUUUCGAAACCGGCAACGGUAUUAGCGCUGACCAGAAGGGUGAACUGAAGAAGGUUGGCGACGUCGAGGCUCUCGAAGUUCAGGGCGAAUUCAAAUAUCCCGGAGAAAACGGCCAGGACAUCUCUCUGACCUACACGGCUGAUGAGAAUGGCUUCCAUCCAUCCGGCAGCCACUUGCCAACCAGUCCCCCAAUCCCGGAAGCCAUCCAGCGCGCUCUCGACUUCAUUGCCACCGCCCCUCCUGCCCCUGCAGCCGCUGCCGCACAAUAGAUUCAAUCUAGUCUAACUUUACAAAUAGUUAUUGUUUUGUUAAUCGUUUUUUUUUAAUUUUGUACCACAGAUAAACAUUUUAAUAUAAUACUAAUUCAA